UCUUCCCCAUUUCCAACCUCGCCUGCAUCUCUUCACACACACUACACACAGUGACCUGCAAUGGCGCCGAAGCAGAAGACCCGCAAUCCGGAGCUCAUUCCCGGCGUCCGCAAGGUCUCCCGCUCCCAGAUGUACCACAAGCGCGGUCUCUGGGCGAUCAAGGCCAAAAACGGAGGCAAAUUCCCCGUCCACGCCAAGCAGGAGACGCUCGCCGCCGUCGAGGAGAAGCCGCCUAAGUUUUACCCCGCCGACGACAUCAAAAAGCCUCUCUCUAACAAGCGCACGGCGAAGCCUACCAAGCUCAGGGCGAGUGUUACUCCGGGAACUGUGUUGAUCAUUUUGACCGGGAGGUUUAAGGGGAAGAGAGUUGUGUUCCUGAAGCAGCUCACUUCUGGAUUGCUCCUUGUCACUGGUCCCUACAAGGUCAAUGGAGUUCCCCUAAGACGUGUCAACCAGGCUUACGUCAUUGGAACCUCCACUAAAGUUGACAUUUCAGGCGUGGACGUUUCCAAGUUUGACGACAAGUACUUUGGAAAGAAAGUUGAGAAGAAAAAGAAGAAGGGAGAGACCGAGUUCUUUGAGGCUGACAAGCAGGAGAAGAACACACUCCCAGCUGAGAAGAAGGAUGACCAGAAGGCCGUUGAUGCUCCGUUGUUAAAGGCUUUGGAAGCCGUCCCGGAUCUGAAGGCUUAUUUGGGAGCAAGGUUCUCGUUGAAGGCUGGCCAAAAACCACAUGAGUUGGUGUUUUAGAGUAACUUUGAGACGUAGGCACUAUUUUGUUAUUUAUUGUCUGCUUUUUUGUCACUUGAACCUAAUCUCAUUAAGGUUUGUAUUGCGACGAAUAUUUCUCUCGUAUAAACUUUAUGAAAGUUUUGAUUGUCAUAUUA